AUAAUUCUUAAAAAUUCUGGUUUCUUAAUAAAAGUUUUUAAUUUAAAUUUACUAUUAAAAAUUAUUAAAAACCCAAUUAGGGGUUUUCCCAUUGAACAUGCUCUUAGAAUGUGGGUUUAAACUUAUGAUUUAACAUUUUUUUUGUUUUUUCUUUUACAUUUUUUUGCUAAGAAUCAAUUCUUAUAUAGUAAAAACCAAUUCUUAAUUUUUCUUAGUUAAAUAUCUUAAUCGAAACUAAAACUUCACUUAAAAACCUUACAAUAAACAUGGGGUCUUACUUGGUGUGGCGGAUCACAAAUAUACAAAGAACCACCACGGCUUCUUUUUGUUGCUUCCAUUAAUACCAUUGAGCUCAUCGAAUACCGGGCCUACCGGUUCUUACCGGCUAUAGCCAGUGAACAACAUCUAGUGACCACAUCAACACUUCACUCUCUCUCUCUCUCUAUCCACUUCCUCCCCUUCACCACUCUCGUUAGCUAUCUCAACAAAUAAUGGCGACCGUGAAUUUCAUUUCCCGUCUCGCCUCUCCUGCAUCCGUCUAUUUACUAUUCCUACUCUCCACCACCGCCGCCGCAAUCAACGUCACCACCGUCCUAUCCUCUUUCCCCAAUCUAUCUUCCUUCUCCAACCUCCUUGUCUCCUCCGGCAUCGCCUCCGAACUCUCCGGCAGAAACUCACUCACUCUCCUCGCCGUUCCCAAUUCUCACUUCUCCACCGCCUCCUUCGACUUCACGCGCCGCUUAUCUCCUCCCAAACUCGCAGAUCUCCUCCGUUUCAAUGUCUUGCUCCAGUUCCUCUCCGAUUCUGAUCUCCGUCGUAUCUCACCCUCUGGAUCCGCCGUCACUACCCUUUACGAAGCCUCCGGCCAUGUAUACACCGGAUCCGGAUCCGUUAAUGUCACACGUGACCCGGCUUCUGGCUCCGUCACCAUCGGAUCCCCAAGCUCAUCAAAGUCAGUCACUGUUUUAAAGCUCCUCGAAACCAAACCUCCAAACAUAACUGUUCUCUCCGUAGACUCCUUCCUCGUCCCCGCCGGAAUCGAUCUCACCGCCUCGGAGACUCUCAUUCCGCCGACAUCGGGAACGUCUCCUCCUCCGGCGGGAAUCAAUUUGACACAGAUUUUAAUCAACGGUCAUAACUUCAACGUCGCUCUCUCCCUCCUCGUAGCUUCCGGAGUCAUAACUGAAUUAGAAAACGACGAUCAUGGCGCCGGAAUCACCGUCUUUGUCCCCACCGAUGCCGCUUUCUCCGAUCUCCCCGAGAACGAGAACCUCCAGUCGUUGCCGGCAGAUAAGAAAGCCGUCGUGCUCAAAUUCCACGUCCUCAAUUCGUAUUACACACUCGGUUCUCUCGAAUCGAUAACCAAUCCGGUUAACCCGACAUUAGCUACUGAGCUAAUGGGAGCCGGUUCUUACACUCUCAACAUCUCCCGGGUUAAUGGAUCCAUCGUUACCAUCAAUUCGGGUUUGGUUUUAGCUAUCGUGACUCAAACGGCUUUUGAUCAGAACCCGGUUUCUGUUUUUGGAGUAUCCAAAGUGCUUUUGCCUAAAGAGCUGUUUCCAAAAUCGGGCCAAGCCGUGAGUACUCCAGCCACAACAACUCCUCCACGAGAAGUUUCUUUGUCUCCGGAGGGUUCCGACGAUCAGCCGUCGCGAUUAGUAGCGCCUCCGGGUGAGGUAGUUUCCUCCAGCACGGUAAAAAGGACUCGUGUUUUCUUGUACUUGUGUGGGUGUAUAGCAUUUUGUUUUGCGUUUCUGGUAUGAUUUUCGUAUUUAUUCCAUUAAUGUUUUGCCAUAUAAAAAGUUUUUCAUUUAUUUACGUCAUAUUGUUAUUUUAGUAAUAUAGAGAGAAAAGCAGCUCUCGCAGUUAUAUAAAUUGCUUCAUUUUUACCUGUAACUAAUUCAGUCGAUCUGUUAAUUGUAACCACAGGAUGUAAAUAGUUAAACAAGUUUAAAUGGCAUCCAGACUGUAGUUUUCAUAUGAACGAACUUUGGACCUCUAGUCCUUAAUUAUUUUUUAAUGACGUAUCCUAUUACUUUAUCAACUUUCUGUUAUUCAUUUUCUUUGUUUACUGUUUAGCUAAUAAUCCAUUUUGUGAGGUGUGAUGUGAAUACGUGGAUUUAUGACAAAAUAGUAUAGAGGCAUAGAUAUUUGGGAAGUGAUGAGGUUCACUAGAAAGUAAAUCAGUUAAACUCAGCAGAA